AUGAAGCUCUUAAUACUCAACACUGUAUUCCUGUGCUUGGUCGGCAGCGCCUAUUCCUGCAUUCCGACUUAUCCAGGCGGAGCUGGAUGCUGCCCGAUCAAUGUCUACAAUGAGGCCGCUGCGACUGGGAGAGCCCUUUUCAACCCACAGCUUUCCCAGUGUCCAGAUACCGCUAACUUCAUCUGCAGUGUCGCGGUUGACGGUAGCACGAAUCCUACGAUGAUUGUGAUUAACGGGGGUACAACCGUGACCACCGGAGCCAAUGGGCAGAAUUCGCAAGUGAUCUUGACUUGUCGAAAAGCGACGAGGACGUGGACAUACACUGGAUCGACGGGCACGGCCACGAAUGUCAACCAAAUCACCUGCCUGAACAACGCGGCCGGA